GAUGGAAGGGGGAGACAAGGCAAGAGACGACAACACAAACGAACGAACGAACGAACAAACGAACGAGCGGAUGAGUGAAGGGUGGGUGCGAAUUUAAGACAGAUUGAUUGCGAGACAGAGAGAUUUUUCCACCGAGUGAUGCGGCGAAUGCGACAAGGGGUGAGGGGGAGUGCAGUGAGAGUUUGUAUGUGUGUCUCGCGCUGCUCUGUGCUGUGCCGAGACGGACUGACUUCCUUUUGGAAAGCGUCUGGGUGCGUCUGUGUGAGUGCGUGCGUGAGGGAUAUAUGAGAGGGUUGACAAAGAAGUCGCUCAAUAUGGCAACGGAGCGACGGAUUCGGAUGGAUGGAUGGAUGGAUGGCAGAGGAGCCAGCCCUUUUUCGGUCAGUCAGCGAGCGAUCCAGAAAGAGAGAGAGACAUGCAGACAGAACAGAGAGGGAGGGAGGGAUGUUUCCCCGUCCGUUUCUUUCGUUUCAUAUUCAUGGUUGUACAGACAGCCACACACACACACGUGUGUCUAGUUCGUUCGCUUCCGAUUCACCCCACACACCACGGCCGGGGCACGUCCAAUGCCGGCUGCCGAUGACGGCGGUGAGCACUCACAGUGCUCGCAAUCGUCUGCAGCCACUGGAUCUGACGCCCACCGGCGCGAUGUGUGUAGUGGAGAGGGUGGCUUGCCUUGUGCACAGACAGAGAGGCAGACGAGCUCUGAUGUGGUGAUGUCAUGCUGUUGCUCUGUGUGUCACGUCUGGGGUGCCUUCGACGCCGGCAGCUCACGGCGGUGGCCAGCAUUCACAGUGCUCGCUGUCGCCUGCGCUGUGAGCGUUGAAGCUGCACCAACGUGGUACUUUCUGAGCGAGAUGUGCAGCAACACCACAAUGUCAGUGUUCUGUCUGCCAUUUUUUCAUUUUCAUUUGACGCGAUGCAAUGCGAGGUGAUGAGAACCAUGACGGACUCGCGCGCGUGCGUGAAUGAGAAUUCGAUGGACGCAAUAGUAAAGCGAAGGGAGAAGAUCACCGUCAGCGUCGCCAUCGCCCCACACACAGUUUCAAAAGGACGCAUCCAUCGACCAUCACAUCAAAGUGUCAGUCGCAUCCAUCCAUCCAUCCACCCACACCGCGUGCCGCCACACACAGCUACCGAUCUACAAGUCUGUCAGGCAGCUGUUGCACCCCUCCACCCGUCAAUUCAUCAUCACUUCUUGGAGAAGCGCGACUUGAUGUCCGUCUUGGUCAAGGCUGAGUGAGCGACACACAACACGCGCGCACACCAGUGAGAGCUGUGUUUUCAAGACAAGAGGUCUCUCUCUCUCUCUCUCUGUGUGUGUGUGUGUCCCUAUCGAUUACCAGGUGGUAGUGACUGUUUGAGCUUCUCGGCCUUGUCCCUGUCGCCGAUGCAGAGGGUGUAGGUGUACCGGCUACACCGCACCUUGAACUUGACCUCUGAGAGUGACGACCACACACAACAGUCACACAACGACGAGCAGAUGCAUUGAGUGACCGCUCCCUCCUCCCCUCCCCUCUGCCUCGUCCAUUCCUUACUGUCCUUGGUCUUCAGAAUCUUCACGUCUGCACACGACAGCCAACCAAGCCACAGACAACGAGUGCACCGCCCUCCCCUCCCUCCCCCUCUGCGUGUGGUCUUACGUUUGGCGUCUUUCCGCCUCGCCGUGAUGAGGAAAUCCUUGAUCUCCUUGAUCUCCUUCGGCUGAAGCAGUCACACCACACACAGACAGAAAUGAGCACCGAGAGAUGGUGGCGACUGGGCGAGCAGAUCUUUGUCUCUCUUGCCUCCCUCCCUCUUCCCUAUGCCUCCCUGUACUCACCAUGGCGGCACAGCAAGCGGGAACACGGUGUCAG